AACUUAACAUUGGUUAAACUCAAAAUUACGCAGUUCUCAUCACUUCAACACAUAGUACACUUCAUCCAGUCUCUUACCGAUACAAAACGUUUCCUGAACACACGCAGCGUUACCUCGCAUUAAAGCAACACUGAUUCUCUGCUUCAGAAACUGAGUGGACCUUUUCUCCUGUGUCCUCUGAAAAAGCAUCUUACCGAGAGUAGACAUCUUACACUUCGCUUCUUUACUCCACACGCCCAUUGUUUCAAAAAACCAAAGCAGAGAAAUUGAAAUUAUCGCGUAAAUAUCCGUGCUUAUUGUUUUUCUUCGCCUCUGCCAUCAUGGCGGCAGCCCCGGCCUCCUGGGACGUCUUGGCGAUGUAGGAAGUGGCCAUGGUGUCCGGGCAAGUGACGUCCCAAACCCAAGCUUUGCCUUGGCUGAAGGGGACCGAGGUCAUGCCGUCCGGUCGUUUCAGAGUGUUGCGGUACAGGCCUGGUGGUUCCAGAACUGAAGGGAUGCAGGCCGAACCACACGCGCGAUGAAUAACAUCUCUGACUUCAUUGUGACGGGAAAUCUUCGCUUUAAGACGCUUACAUCCCAGCCCAUGAUAUCCCCACACGUCAACAGUGCUGCCGCAUUUGCACCGGUGUUCAACACAUACUGUUGCGCCGAUGCGCUGCGCGAUCGAGAUUCUCACUUCGGUAUUUGAUAGCAAGGUGCCGAGGCUUGCCACUGGGACCGCGUUAAGCCAGUCCAGAUUCGGGUUGCGACACAGCUAGCAGCCGGGCUUUCUGGUUAACGGAGUUUGUUUGACGAAAUACUUGCCACCUUGUAAAACGGUUUCUGAUACAAAGUCACUGUGGCGAAGGUUCUCUGGAACGCUUCAUCUCGAUUCCGAAUCAAAACAUUGAUGUGAUUCCUUCUGGUAUCGCGACUGUAUAUUAUUACCAUUUGCCAGUAUUAUGCGAUUACUGUGUGGAGCCCGAAUGCCGUAACGCCGAUAAUGGUGUGAAAUUACGCACUUAGACUGACUUAGUCCUUAUCGAUCUAAGCCAGGGAUAAUGGAUAAAGGCUACGACGACGGCAGCAUGGUUGGCAUGGGCAUGGGCGCUGGCGAUCUUUCCAUGCAGCACCAGCAGUCCAUGAAUCCGUCCCACCACCCCCAGAUGCAGCAGUAUCACUCACAGAUGGGCAUGAUGUAUCCCUCCCAACCACAGCAGGCCCCCCAGCACUCCCAGUCUUCCACCCUCAACCAUCUCCUUUCCACGCCAUCCGCCUACUCCAACAUCUACGGCCAGAUGCCCCAGAAUCAAGGCAUGCGCAGUAUGCCCAUGUAUCCCAGUCAGGGGCAGGGGAUGUCGUCCUUUUCCCCCCAGGGCGCCUUUCCUCCCAACGUCCCCCAAAUGGGAAUGGCUCCGUCACAUUCGCAACAACCCACCCCCACGGCGAAAUCGCCCUACGGAAUGCCCAUGGAUGACUGGUCGGGGCAGUCGUCGCAUUUCGCGCCCCAGAUGGGCUCCAUGAUGCCACAGUCCAUGGGACCCCCGAUGGGGGGUGGAGGGGGGAUGGGUGGAUUCCCGUCUGCUCCCGCGCCGCCGCCGGCUGCCGCAGUGCCCCCGGCGCCGCCUGCCAAAAGUAAGAGCAAAAAAAAGAAGAGCGCUGCGGCGGCGUCAUCCGCCAUGUCCCCCAGCAGCGCGGGCGAGAUGGCUGUGGGAGCGCCCCGUGCCUCUGCCCAGCAGCUGCAGCAGCAAGUCCUGCAGCAGAUGCAGCAGGGCCCGAUGGGCUCAGGCGGGCCCGGCUCUGCUCCAGGUUCAUCGAAUAGGAAGGGUAAGCAGCAGCAACAACCCCCGCAGGCGUCCCAGAUGGAUAUGUCGUCGUUUGAUUUCUACCAGCGGCAAAACCUGCCGCAAGCCAGCAUGCAUUCUGAUCAAGGUCAGAUGAGUAAUCAAUAUUACGGCCGUGUCGGCCCUCCAAUGCAUCUGCAGUCGCAGCCGGGAAUGGCACCCGAACAGUCCAGCGCGCAGAUGUACGGGAAUAUGGGCGCUGAUCAGUCCGGGCAACGGACUGCUGGGACAUCGUAUCCUUCUAUGGGAUCGUCGGGGCCUGGCGCAGACUCCAUGGCUGGAUAUUUCUCUCCUUCGCAUGCUUCACAGUCUGGCGGACAGUAUGGACGUCCUGCUCAACCCCCUCAGCAGCAGUUUCAAUAUGGUGGGAUGGAGAAUACCUACGGAAGACAACAGCAGCCGAUGCAGUCACAGAUUCCGCUGGAUCAGCGUUUUGCACCUCAAGAAUUGGAUGACGAGGCUCAGCGAAGUGGAGGAUCUCAUAAAAGUCCGAUGUCAAUGGGUCGACCACCAUCGAGCAGUUCCCAUUCACAGUUUAGUGAAGGUGGCGGUCCACCGGGCGAAGCCAUAGAUAUUCCAUCUCCCGCUCCGAAGAAAGCGCGCAAACGCUCAUCGGCCAGUCAGGCCGCUGCUGCUCCGCCUCCGGAUAGCGAAAUGUCCAACCUGUCGGCUUCCGAUGGUGGAACAUCGAGUUGGGGUCGAGAGAGUGCACCACCUGCGCCGCAUCAUCCACCGGCAACAAAAUCGUCAGUCGAUAAGCUGAAUGUUCUGUACGACAUGGGGGACGAGCCGGAACGACGUCCUUUCUUGGAUCACUUACUGAAGUUGUUGGAAGAGACCGGCGUAGCGGUAACCAAUGUACCGGUUAUUAGCAAGAUUUCCUUGGAUCUUUUCAAGUUCUACAAAUACGUGCAGUCUCGCGGAGGAUUUGUUGAGGUGCAAAAGACGAAGCACUGGAAAGACAUCGCAGGUUAUCUGGGAAUCUCGGCACCUAAUCCAAAUACUGCAUACACGUUAAAGAAACAAUAUAUGAAAUUCUUGCUGCCCUACGAAGCCCGUUAUGAACGCGGUGGAGUUGAUGUGAACAGCCUCAUCGAGCAGGCUGACGCGGCCGUUGCUCGCUCUCCGUCGAAGGGCUCCGGUGGGGGUGGCAGCAGUUCCGGAGGCUCACAUCGUAAACGAUCGCGCGCCGAAACCAGCACACCGGCGUCGAUGGAAAGUGGGGACAGCAAUUCAAUGCCGUUCGGUCAAGAGCGUGUCCAUAUGGGUUUCCCCCCGGCUUUCCAGCAAAGUCAGCCUGGGACAGCUUAUCCACAGGACAUGAUGGCUGGAGGAAAUGAAAUGUAUUGGCCACAACAACAGCAGCAACAACAACAGCCGCAGCAACCACCACCACCACCUGCAGUGCAGUCUGGAAUGGAAGCAUAUGCUGAGCCCAGUGGAGAUUACGCAAUGCAAAAUGAGUAUCGUAUGAACAUGAAAGCAAGACCGCAGCCUUCUGGGCCCUUCCUUAAUGAGAUGCCGGAAAUGCCAGGAGCGCCAGAUAUGAACCAGGAGCGCUUCCCUGGUUUACAACAGCAGCCACCUCCUCAAGCAUUUACCCCUGGUCCAGAACGUCAGCAUGCCCAACCUGGGUUCCCUGGCCAACCCAUCGUCCGUUCUCUGCCCAUUCCAGCGAAGGAUAUGCGACAACAACCAGUUGGUGAACUACCGCCAGCAACGCAACAACUACUGGCGGCGGCCCGGCAGCGCCAGAUGGCGUCCAAUCACACCAUGGCCGCAGCCGAAAUUGUCUUCCCUCCGGACAGUGUGGAGGCUACCGAGUAUCUGUCUCGUAGUCGUCAGAAACUGACCGCGAAAGAUGUGGGUGACAUCAAGGGCCUGGACAUGUGGAAGCUGCAUAUGCGAAUGAAAAGUGGUCUGUUAGCCGAAUCGGGUUGGGCUUUUGAGAUGUUGAACAUCUACUCUUCCGAGGAACAGUAUUCGUCGCAGUUUAAAUUAGCCAACUUGCCGGCUGGUUUCUUAGACACCAUUAUUGAUUGGUUGGAAGUGGCUUUGAACCGCUUGUUGCGAGAUCAGCCAAAUUGGUCAUCGACUUCCAUUGUAUAUAGUGUUAACAUGCAGAGCGACAUUGACGCACUGGACAGGGAUUUGUCUUAUUUUGAGACGCAUUUCAUCGGAAGUAACCGCCAGGUACCGGGUGGCCAGGGAGCGAAUGCACUGGAGUCAGCAGGAGAAAACCCAUCCUGGGAAGUCUGUGUUCCUGAAGUGCCGUUUAUGAACUUGGUUAGUGAGGCAGAUGAGGAGAUGGCGCGAAAAUCGAUCUCCAUCUCCACAUGUAUCCGCAAUUUCUCCGCCAUUCACGGCAACGAGAAUCAUCUGAGUAAAAACCAACGUUUGUUACGCUUGCUGGGUAAAUUAGUGCUUUUUAAUCAUCGCCACAUCAAAGAGUGUGCACCGGAACCAAUGGUGUUGGAUGCUGACGAGGAGGGGGCAGGCAUUAGUGUCGCCACUUGUGAUUUCACCGCGGUGGGUCAGUGGUGGCAGCAGGCGAUGGAACACGUGCGGGAGAAUGUCCUGGUGACUUUGGCUAAUAUUGCUGGACACUUAGAGUUAUCGGAUUGUGAGGAGAGCACGUGCAGGCCCAUUCUGGAGGGUCUUUUGCACAUGGCGAUCUGUCCAUCAUCGCUGGCGCAGGACGCAUUAACCACACUACCACCACAGUCGGGAGAUGUGUCUGCCAAGUCACUUUCUUUGGAGGCGCUAUCCAAACUGACAGUGACCGACGGUAACGUGGAUCUUUUGAUUGCUACUCCGAGCAGCCACGAGCUAAUGCAGUUUGUGGAGACUACCGUGCAGCUGCUGCCGUUAGGCACCCAAGGGCCACUUGUGCGGGAGUUUGCGGUGGUAUUGUUAGCGGCAUUGGUGGCAAGUGAGGAUAGGAUGUGUAGUAUGUUGUUGGAAUGUCCGUUGGGCGUUGAGUAUGUGCUGAUGAUGCUGGAGGAGUACGCGCGAUGGGCCAAGAGUGCCGCUGCCAAGGGCAUGCAGUUGUUGCAGCUGGUUGUUACCGGAGAAAAUGGCGAGUCAGCUAGCGGCAUCAAUGUAUUGAUGCUACGAAAAUGUGUGGAAAUUCUCCACUCUGUGGCGGAGUUCAUCGGCGCUUCCCCUAGCCGGAACGGUAUUACUCUUCUUAGCAAGUAUCAGUCUCGCAUCUGGACGCUCAUUAUUGAUUCUCGCUUACCGGAGCCCACUUUGGUCGGGUUAACAAAAAUCAUGCACUGCUUGAGUGUUCAUGAGACUCAUCUGAGAGCGGAAAGUGCGCAGCAGUGCAGUCUGGAAAAGGAGCCGGAAAAGACCACAGAAAAUUUGCAUGCUGUUUCGGCCUAAUUGUUAUAAUUUGUGUAUUUUGCAUGUGAACGUUUUCAUGUCUGUACAUCGCCUGGUUCAGCGUUGAAUCCGGGAUUGUAUUUUGUGUUUGCCGCUCUAUUUUAUUGCUUUUAUCAAUUUUUUAUGACUUUUACAUUAACCCUUGGACUACAUUUCUGUACUAUUAAUUGGGUUAUUCUUAAUACUUUUAGCUACCCUGGUACGAUUUUUAUUAUGUGCUUGG